UCCCCCCUCAUUCAAAGAGCCAGGCAUAACACCAUAGAAGACAAUCAGGCUGGUUAGGAAGGAUUUGCCCUCAGUCAGUCUUUCCUGACUAUUACAAAUCCCCUCACCUUUUACAAGCCUGUAUACUAUUUCCAGAAAGAUUUGCCCCAUAACGAAUUCCCACAGCCUUCCAGAGAUGACUGAGAGUAUCCUUAUAACAGGAACAGCAGCUCUAAGCAACCCUGGAUGAACAUCAGGUCCCAUGGAUUGGGCCCUGUGGCACAUGGCCUGUGAGCACUUGAUGGCAUUAGUAGCCACUGGUGAAGGUGUAGAAAAGGCUGGCAUCAGGCAUGGAAUCUCCCCGCCAUGCCCACUGUUUGCAUCACAAGGGCCGGCAGCCGUGUUGCAGCACCUCCUGUGGCUGGAUGUCUGCUGGUGCUUCUGCCAUGGUAUAACAUCCCUCAGGAAGAUACCGGUUUGAGAUGUGACCUUAUCUACAGAGUGUGAAGACAGAUCUCAGUAAGAUGGUUUCCAAACCGCUUGAUGAAAACAAGCAGUCCCUCAGUGAAAACAGACAUUUCAAGAGUUUUCAGACAUCGCCUGUGCCUCCAAGGACUGAUAAGAGACAGAAAGAUGUCACAAGUUUCACUUCUGCAACGACCAAGAAAGAACUGGACUGGCAGACAGGGGAGAUUUCUUCAUUCCAUGAAUAUAAACUUCAUAAGCAUCAACAUGUUCCAUGUUUAGAGGACAUAAGUAAUUUGAAGAUGCAUGUGCAGAAGCUGGCAAGAAAGUUGGAAGAAAAAGAAAAGGAACUUUUAAAGGAAAAAAGUGAAAUAUUAGAAGAAAGAGUAUUAGUCAUACAACAGGACAAAAUUUUAGAGGACAUGCAGAUAAAAAUAAGACACUUAGAAGCUCAGCUCAAGAACCGUGAACUAAUUGGCUUAAAAAUGUCGAAGAAAUUGUGGAACCAGAUAGAACCCUUGGGAGAAGGAAGCAGUCAACAGGAGAAGGUCGACAGCUGCUGCAGCUCUUCCUCUCAGAAGACCUGGAAAUCAAUGAUCCCCUACCUAAAAAAAUUCCGUUUCUAUCUUGGGAACUUUUUGUGGCUGUUUGGCAAGAUUGUACUGCAUUCUGGCUGCUCGUGCAUAACACUGGCCUUCUUUCAAAAGUGUGGUGGUACCUGGGUAUACUGGCUACUGAACAGAAUCUCCCAGCAGUACUAUGGAUCUUGGGCAUGGCCACAUUAACCCCAGAAGUUUUUAAAGACUCCAGACUGGAUUUCUGUAGGGCUACUGUAUUGAUUCUGGGAAGACCCUGCACUUUAAAAUAAAGCAUUAACAAAUGC